AUGGCGAUGACCCUCGUCGACGCGUACACCUUGGCGGCGGCUGCUGCCCCCGAGGUGUGCCUGUUUGCAUGCGCGCUGACCGCGCUGUGGUGGGGGAACAGCAGGACCCGCGAGGAUCUGCGCUCCCGUCGGAGCAACAGCAAGUCCCCGAAGAAGCUGCUGGCGGACCUCCCCGGGGCUGCCGCGGCCUCCCCCCCCAAGCGCGAUGACUGCGCGCAGUUCACCUCCGUGUACGACCUGGCGCUGUGGAGGCUCCACGCGUCGGCCGAGCAGCCCGCGGCCGCGCCCGCCCGCACGGCGGCCCCGGUGCCGCACGCCGGCGGCGAGCCGCCGGCCUCCCCCGGCGGAGCCGGCCCGGGGCUCGACUUCCAGGCCUUCCUGGACAGCUUGGAACAGCACUGCGACCUAGCGCUGGAUGGCCUGUGCGACCAGGUUAUGGGCGAACAGGGCGCCUCGGUGCUCAUGGACCUCGAGCGCGACUACGACUACGAAGCCCUCGGCGACAGCGCCCUUCCCAUGAUGCAGCUGGACACAGAGCUGCCUCGCGAUAUGGUGCCGAAGCCCGAGGACGAGCAAGACCGCGCCUACGACGACGUGUGCGACUCUGCGCUGGCCGACCUCGAGCUGGACAUGAAGCCGUUUCGCGAUGCGAUGCAGGAGCCGGAGAGGGAGCGAGACCGCGCUUACGACGAAAUGUACGCCUCCUACCAGGCGGACCUCGAUGAGCUCAACUGGCGCAUGUUCGGAGACGUGGAGUCAACAUCGAGCCAGCAGCUGUCCUGCACGAGCCUGCACGGGAGGAUUAUCCAGAGCAUCCGCCAGACGGACCAACUGUCCGUGCCCAUGUCGAUCAAGGGCACUUUAAGGAGGGACGGGCACCGAGAGCCGGACUUCGAUCUCGAGACGGUGGUGGCGUCGCUGUCACUGUCUAGCGUCCCUGCCUUUGGGAUGCCGUUGCUGCUGCACCUGAGGCGCGCGUUCGUGUCGACAGAGAAGGCGAAGCAGCCGUCGCCGGAGGCGUCGCUCUGCUACGCGGGCCUCCUCAGGAUGGCCCGGGGGACCUGUGGGUCUGAGUGGGGCAGGCAGAGCAAGGCGCUCGAGAUCGACUCCAAGCUGGACGACCUGGCGGCCAAGAUAGACCUCAUCGCGCGGCAGAUCACCGCGGAGAGCGCUCCCCCCUCCGGCGCGGCGGAUCGGCGGAGGCAGACCACGGGCGAGAGGAUCGGUCAGCCGCCUCCGCUCCUGGCAUCGCCUGGGCUGCUGCAGGCGGCGGCGCGGUCGUCGAGGGACGACCUCGAGCAGGAGGGGCUCGAGGUCGCCAGGUACUCCCAGAUUCCGCAGUUCGACGCCUCCAUCCUGGACACGUUCAUCCCCAGGUGCCGGCGGCUGACGCAGCUGCACUUCGGCGCCAUCGUCUCGAACCCGCACGCGCCCAUGGCCUUCAGGGAGAAGAUGGGGUACAACAUGACGUACAACAUGGUCCCCCCCGGCCACGGCAACGCCUUGCACAUGCACCGGUCCAUCGAGAUCUUCGUCGCGCUCGACGGCAAGUGGGAGAUCGCCUGGGGCAUGCACGGGGAGCACACGGUGGUGCUCGAGCCCUGGGACUUCGUGUGCGUGCCCGCGCGGGUCUGCCACUCGUACAAGAACAUCGAGGAGCAGACCGCGCAGAACAUCAUGACCAUCCUGCCCGGCAAGUCCUGGAUCACGUGGGCGCCGAACGUCGUCGCUGAGGCCCGCGAGCACGGGGCGGAGUGCGACGACAACGGCGUGCUGCUGAAGUACGCGCACCUCGUCGCACCGACUUCUGACCUGGCGGCGGACGCGGGCAGUGUGGACUGGAGGAGCAUGGGGCCAGACGACAUGCUCCCCUAUCUGCACCGUUUUGGAGACCAGCGCCCGAUGGAGUGUCGCAUGACUAACGUCAAGACGCCCGAUGGCAAGGCCCCCUUCAUCGAGAUGUUCUGGAAGACCAUACAGCCUGAGGGAUCCAAGAGCCUGCCGCGCAGGCCUGGAGUGGACCUCCUCCUAGUGGUCCUGGACGGCUCGGUGCUCAUCAAGACGGCCAGCGGGCGACCGGUGGCCGCCGCGGGCCGCCUGGACGCGGUGCGCGUGCCCACGGAGGCGUUGGAAGAGAGCGAGAUGCGGAGCCAGAACGACAUGUACUUCCACCUGUGCUGACCACAACGCCCCGCGUCGUGCUCUCGCGCUCCGACGGGCACUCCGUGGUGCAAUCGGUGCGCGGGUGCUCUUUUUGCUCUGCGAGAGAUCGUGUUGUGUAGAGGGUUGGGGGGCUUCGGUGCUGGCAAUCUUUCCUUCUUGCUCUCGGCCUCCUUUUCUCGCCCACG